AUGAGUGCAUACCUCCUACCCAGACCUUCCUUGACCCGGGCCUCGUCUGCCCUGCUCUUGCGCCCUGGAUUUCCCCGCACGGUCGAGUUGACGCGGUGCUAUGCGACUCACGGCGAUCUCGGGGGCGGCUCAGGGCCAAGCUCGACCCCGAGACGGAGGAAUGUGACCGUGCUAUCCGAUGAUGGGCGAUAUGAAUGGGGAGAACUGUCGGGCCGGGAAAAGGUUGCGCGCGCUACUCAGCAGUCGUUCAACUUUGUGAUCAUAUUGGUUGGUGCGGCGUUGACGGGUGGUGUAGGUUACUUGCUUUACUCAGAGGUUUUCUCCCCGAAUAGCCGGACAUGGCAGUACGAGAAGGCAGUUGAACGCAUCUUGGACGACACUCGGUGUACGGACAUUCUGGGAGACCGAAGGGAAAUCAAGGCAUACGGAGAAAGCACUUCGAAUAAAUGGGCGCGGAAUCGUCCUAUCGCAACCUCCAUCGAGAAGGAUCGUUUAGGUCGCGAACAUAUGAGAAUGAACUUCCAUGUUGAGGGGCCACGUAACCAAGGAAUUGUACACGUCCACAUGAUUAAGCCACUUGAUAAGAACGAGUGGGAAUAUCAGCUUCUCGCAUUGGAUGUUAAGGGUCACUCUCGAGUCAUCCUUGAGCAAGCUCGCGAGAAGCCUGGAGUCGGACAAGCAUUGAAGAUAUUUGGCAUACAGUGGCGAUAG